UAGAAACUUUAAGAUGGUUCUAGUCGGAGCAGUUGUUCUCCCCCAUGGCACAAUGUCAUUUGAUGGACAAGCUGCUGAAAGUUCUGUGGAGUCCUGCCGUGAACGAUAUAAAGGUCUACCAAAGCACCUACAGGUAUAAUUAAUUCUGAAUAAUUAAUAGUUUAAACAGUCUGUGCCACCGUAGGUAGCAACAAAAACACCAUAUUUGGAUAGGGAUUCAACUACUUGAAAAAUACAUUAAGUAAAACUCUGACAUUUCAAGCGGAGGCCUAUAGACUUGGAUCAAGUCUGUUUCCCGCGUUAUUGCAACUUGCGCUUCGCGGCGCGCUCGAUCCCUCGGACUCUUGAGAGACAGACUUGAUCCUAGUCUAGCGGAGGCCCUUCAUUAGGAAGUUAGUGACAUGGAAUUAAUUUUAAUCUUUUAGGACGUUUUCAAUUAUGUCAAGUCAUACCUGUAUGAAACCUAUUUUAUUAAGUCAUUCAUGCAUGACACUAAUCAUUAGCCCAAGCUCCAGUCUAGAUCUGCCAAUGAUUAUUGUUUUUUUGGCUUGUGGGCAAGCUAGCAUACUGUAGGCAGUCAGCAGGAGCGUGGUGAUGUGAUUUUCUAUUAUCUCCAUGUUUGCAUGUCUGUCCCGGAAUGCCCCCUUUUAAUCCCCUGCCUGGGCAUCCUAGCUCCUCUUAUUUGUGGCUCCUACAACGCAAGGAAAAGCAAAGAAGCCUCUGUCUCGGAGAGUGAUACCGGUAUUACUGUAUUUGUUAUUUCUGUGUUAGACUAGUACAGUACAUCUGAAACUGGUUCGCCCAUUCUGCGCUAUAAAAACGGUAUCUUGUACAGUAUUAAUAUUUGGUAUAUAGAACGUUACCAUGGAUAGAGAGACUGGCGGUAAUAAAAGUUAAACAGUGAGACAUGCAGGACCACCGCCAAUAUUUUACAAACUUUUUUAGGGUAUUUCAAUAUUAGCGCUAUUUCAAGGGUACCUGGAUCUCAGUUUAGAACCUUUCACUCUAAAACAGACCCUCUCUAAUACGGACAAAUGACACAACAUUUGUUCCCAUGGCGCAAAUACGUAUUUUAACAGUAAUUAUAAGACUUAGUAUAAGUAUGAAAUUCAUAGCUUAGUCUUAAUAACGGAGUUGCAAGUAACCAAAAGGAAGAAAAGGGAAAGUGUUUGCGAAACUAAGCCUUGCAAGAGAAAAUAAAUAAUCUAACCAAAGGGGAUUCAAUAGACCGUAUUUAAAACUGUGCUGGAAUUCAGGCUGUGCUCACAUGGUUUGGUAAGGUUCGCUGAAUUUUCUAUAAUAUAUCAUUUUCACUUCGCUAAUAGACCUUUCCCCUUUUAAGUGAAAUUUUGAUCUAGACAAGUCUGGACAAAAAUUUCAUCAUAGCUUGAAAGAGCAUCACAAAAUUAGUAAUAUUCCGAAGUUUCGUUGCAAAAUGUUGUAAAAUGCGGAUAAUAUAGCCUUGCGAAGUUUGCCGUUUUUCAGUCAUUUUGCAUUACAAACGGGAAAUUGAUAAUCAGUUUGAUCAUCUCAUUAUCAAUUUCCCGUUUGUAAUUCAAAAUGACAGAAAAACGGCAAACUUCGCAAGGCUAUAUUAUCCGCAUUUUACAACAUUUUGCAACGAAACUUCGGAAUAUUACUAAUUUUGUGAUGCUCUUUCAAACUGUGAUGAAAUUUUUGUCCAGACUUGUCUAGAUCAAAAUUUCACUUAAAAAGGGAAAGGUCUAUUAAUUGGAGAAGUUUCUAGAUCAAAAUUUCACUUAAAAAGGGAAAGGUCUAUUAAUUGGAGAAGUUUGACUACCGCUACCAUGCACUACGUCUCACUGGCUUAGUACUCAUCUGAUUGGUUAAUCGGAUAUACCAAGCGCACCUGAUCUGAAUGGUUAAUGGUUCCUUAAUGGCCAAAUCUGAAACUUGAACUGUUGUGCCAAUAAUAUUAAGCUUUCGUUGGUAGGGAUGCAACUACCUGAAAAAUAUAAGGAGAAUUUCCACGUUUCGAGUGAAGGCCCUUCGUUUUCGCCAGUUUAACUCCAGACGAAGCGCCUUCGCUCGAAACGUCGAAAUGCUCCUUAUAUUGUUCAGAUAGUAGCAUCCCUACCAACGCAAGCUUGUUCAAAUCUGAAAUCUGAAUCCCACUAUUGUCGCGCAUCUGACGUCAUAUAUAUAGCAGAGUGUGCGGCGUAUUCCGAUGAACAUUAUUCGGCAAGUAAACCUAUUUAAACACAUCGUUUGCGCAAGGCUUAAAAGCCACUGAAAUGUGGGUUUGUUUUUAGUUACUGGACACUUGCAAAGUAACGUCAUUGUGGUCGCCUUUCGCUGUUUAAAAUGACUCCUCUCCAAUUCGGACAUAUGAGUGGUGGACAUAAAAGUGCCAAGUUUUGGAAAUGAGCUGCUGCACGUUCUUGCUUUUUGCGAAUUGCGCGUAUAAUUUCCACUAGUGAUUGGAUGAAUAACACAGACUUUGGUAUCAGACAAAGGGUGGUUUGCGUGAUCUAGUGAAGUGCUGCGCGCGUAUUAGCCUUUCUCAUGAUGACGAAUAUCCGCCAUUUUUGGGUGGCAUCAAAUUUUUAUUAUCCAAUGCAGACAAUUAAAACAAUGUGAAAAGCGAUAAACUAACCAUUUACAAAGCAAAUUUACCAUCAUUCGUCCAAAAAAUUAUAAAAAGUCGCUGUUAUGUGGAUUUAUCGCACAGACUUCAACUGAAAUGCCAACCCAAAAAUGGCGGCGUGAGAAAGGCUAAUUUCUUGACAAAGUGCUUCGUCGAAGUGUUUUUAAAAUGUCAACAUCCUUGGUUUCUUACAGGUACAAUUAUCUGGUCUUUUUGAUGCCACAACAAAAGCCUGUGAGAAAAUUGCCGAGCUAAAGCCAGACAUUGUAAUAUUACACACACCCCAUGGAAUAUCAUUAUCCAAGAGUGUUGGUGUCUAUAUGGACAGCGCAGCGAAAGGAAAUGCUCUCUGGAAUGAGAAAUGGGAUGAAUUUAAAGUGGAAAUACCAUUGGACAGUGCAUUAGCAUUGAAAAUAAUUCAGCAUUUUGAAGACGAAGGAAUUGAUGCCCAAGGUAUAAAUUCUUUCACCCGCACAGAAGCCCCUCUCAGAUGGGGGGAAGUCGUUCCUUUAUGGUACUUAGAACAACAGUUCAAAUUAUUAGGUCAACAACCUAAGUAUGUAAUUCUAAGCCAAUCUAUGAAGAGAUCCAGAGAACAUCUUAGCCAAGAUAAGAUGGCUAUUGGAAAAUCUCUUGCAAGAUUUAUGAAUGAAGUUGAUGCAAGAAUCGUAUUUGCAGUGAGUGGUGACCUGUCUCAUGCUCAUACCCACAACUACACUGAUAUUCCACUGUAUUCACCUGAUCCACGCUGGAAUAUGCCCAAAUCUGAUAAAGCAGUAGUCUUCGACCGCGCUAUUGAAGGAUGGGCAACCAGCAGUGAUCUGAGUCUGAUUGGAUCUGAUACCCAGCUGCCAUCUUAUGACAAAGCAAGGGUAUGGGAUAUCACGUUGGCCCCAGCAUGGUUGGAUCGGGCUAUUGAGUUACAACCUGAAGCCAUAUCUUGCGGAAUUUGUGGAUUUGUUGUCCUUCAUGGUAUUCUAUCUCAAUGUGAUAAGGAAAUUCACAGCCAAGUAUUUGGACGGUUUGCCCCAACAUACUAUGGCAUGAUUGCCAUUGUUUUUUCCUUGUGUUAAUUUAAAAUUGAGAAUUUGGUACAAUAUAUGACAUAAAAUAUUUUCAAUUUGGUGC